AUGAGCAGCAAACCAGAAACGUCCAAAGCGCUCGCUAGCAGUGCGAAAUGUCUUGGGUACCGCGGGGAAUUCAUCAGGCGCCGGAUGUUGCAGAAAUCGUUUAAGGGCGACGAGCGCGGACUCAAGCACCUCCCAAAGCUUUCUGACACCAUGCUGACGGGCAUGGAGGUCUUGUGGCGACAACGUAUUCUCUGUGACGUUGAACUCGUCGCCGCAGACAGGAAGCGUAUCUUCGGUCACCGCCUCGUGCUCGCCACAUGCAGCGAUUACUUUUAUGAACAGUUUAUAGAAACUCCGUACACCGCCAUCUCGGCGCAGCUGGAGAUUCCGGAUAUCCGGGGGGACAUUCUGGAGGUUCUCGUGGAGGCCAUGUACACGAGCAGGGUGAAAGUAGAAUCCGGGAAUGUGGACAAUCUCAUGUCAUCUGCUCACUAUCUCGGCAUGUUCAUCAUCAUGGACGCCUGUGAGAGCUUCCUGUUGGACCACCUCAGCAAGGACAACUGUCUCCAGCUUCUCAGCACUGCAUAUAAAUACGAAUUGGAUCGCCUAUCGGACGCUUCAUUACAAACAGCUGCGCAAAACUUCCAUACAAUUUCCAAAAAAAUGCUGUAUAGAAAUUUGUCGAUUGAGCAUGUUGUACCUUUAUUGAAGAGAAAUGAUUUGAAGGUUGAGAACGAAUUGGAAGUUUUCUUUCGCGCGCGCGCAUGGAUAGACGAAAACAAGGAGAGCCGUCUGCAGUACGCGGCUGACCUGAUGUCGUCGAUUCGUUUGCCGCUCAUGACGCCGGCGGAAGUACUUGACAAUGUAGAGGGGUGCAACUACCUGAUGGACAUCACCGAAUGCCAGCGGCUCGUGAAGGAGGCCUUGCACUACCAUCUGAUGCCUGCCAGGCAGUGUCUCCUCCAGUCUCAGAGGACGGUUCCUCGGAUGCCAUCCGCCAUGAGUCUACUUAUGACUGGCGGCGCUCCUCGCCUGGAGACGGACAAAGUGCGCGACCACGUGAUUAGAUACGACCCCGUCACUGGGCAGUGGAACCACGUUACCAAUAUCCCAGAACCCAGGCACCAUCAUGCCGCGACCGUGCUGCAUGGGUUCCUGUACGUGGCUGGAGGGGACGGAGCGCUGGAAGGCGUGUCCCCCUCACGUUCCGUGUUCCGGUUCGAUCCCCGUAACCACGCCUGGAUCGAGGUGGCGCCUAUGGUGUGUUCUCGCCAAGACUUCCAACUUGCCGUCUUCAAUAACACCAUAUUUGCCGUCGGUGGUCGCGUGAGCGCGGACACAUGCCUGGCGAGCGUGGAGAGAUACGACCCGGCCGCGGACACAUGGACAGAGGUCGCUGAGCUGCACGCACCCCGUCGUUGCGCCGCCGUCGCCACUCUCGACGGGAAGCUGUACGCCGUUGGAGGAUCAGGCAGUCGGCUGUUGUCUAGCCGAGUGGAGAGGUACAGCCCGGCAGAAAACAAGUGGGAGUUGCUCAAGCCGCUCGCAACCCCGCGCUUCUUUGCACAUCUGCUGUCUACAUCCGGUCACAUGAUCUUGGUUGGCGGAGCAACCAUUGACGACAGCGGAAAUAUUGCCUGUGUAGAUACGAUUGAAAGGUACUCACCAAAGAGCAAUCAAUGGACGACGCUAUGUAAGAUGCGGCAGCCUAGGUCUGAAUUUGGGUGUGCUGUCAUAAACGAGAAGAUAUACGUGUUUGGAGGCUAUGACUGGACAGAGAAAAAACGUUUGGUGGAUGUCGUGUGUUUUGAUGCUGACACCGGAAGUUGGACAGAUUUGGGCCAGAUGCCGGAUCAUCUGACAGGCGCCGCGGCCGCCUCGCUCGUGCUGUACGGACCGCCUUGGAGCUGGGAUCCGCCUAAGGCAGAACACAUCGAUGAUAUUUAG